AUGAAAAGGUCCAUUCCGCAUGUUAUCUCUCAAACAUCCAGCAUGGCCCAGAUUGGGCAUCUUUCAGGUCAGCCUGCCAACAAGAACAUUUCUUCAAGUAUCAUUCGAGUGACAUUAAAGAUACCAGGCGAGCAGGAAGACUUUAUGAUAGCUGCUGACACCUCAGUGAGGCAGUUCAAGGAGAAGUUAUAGGCUCAUUUUAAAUGCCAAAUGGACCAGCUAGUGCUGGUCUUCAUGGGCUGCCUUCUCAAAGACCAUGACACACUGAGCCAGAGGGGCAUCUUGGAUGGUCACACCAUCCACUUGGUCAUUAAGUCUAAGCAAGGCUCCAGAUUCCUGACCCAUUCCUUCCAGAACAUGCCAAAGAACAAACUCUGCCUCCGGGACAAAAACACCAAAGGAAAUAGCAGUGAGGUAUUCCAACCUGCUAUUAUGAGUCACACUUCAGUGGAAUCAGCCCUUUUUCUGGAGCCUGAUGCACCCCAGGGGCUUACCCAGGACCUGGAAGUGGGUAGACCUGAGUGCAUAACCCAGAUGCAGGAAAAUGCAAGCACCCAGUUGCUUCUGUCCACCACUGACCUCAUGAGACAGUUCAUCUUAGAACACCCAGAAAUGCAACAAUUGAUGCAGAAUUCAGAAGUCUCACACAUCCUUAACAAUUCUGAGAUCCUAUGGCAGACCCUGGAACUGGCCAGGAACCUUGCCUUGAUUCAAGAGAUCAUGCAGAUCCAUCAACCUGCCACUCUUGAGUGUCCUCUGAACUCACCUUCACAACUGGAUCUAGAGACAAUCCCAGGUGGGAACAAUGCUUUGGGCCAAAGCUACACUGAUUUCAAAGAUCAAAUACUGAACAUCUCGCAAGAUCACUUUAGGGGCAACCCAUUCACAGCUCCCAUAGAAGGACAAGUGCAAAAACAAGUCCAUUUCUUACCCUCAUAUCCACCAUCAUCCCAGGAAAGGCUGGACCAGCAUUACUCCAUAUCUAUCGGUAUAACCAUUCUGGCAUAA